CCCAUGGACACGCGAACUGCCCAUGCGCGCCAGACCCUUCAAGUCAGGGCACGGAAACCAGCGUUGCCUCCUAAUUUCGAGUCCGCUACGGAACAUUUCAAUAACAGUGAGAAACAUGUUUCGGAGAAAGUUGACAGCGCUUGAUUAUCACAACCCCGGUGGCUUCGACUGCAAAGAUGAGACCGAGUACAGGAACUGCAUCGUCUGGCUGGAGGACCAGAAGAUCCGGCACUACAAGAUCGAAGACCGGGGAAACCUGAGGAACAUCCCCGGGUCAGAGUGGCCCGCAGCCUUCCAGAAGUACCUCCAGGAUGUCAGCAGUCCCUUCGGCGAGGCGGAGCGGCAGGAGGCUCUGGACUGGCUGCUGGGUCUGGCCGUGCGCUACGAGUACGGAGACAACGUGGACAAGUACAAGAACUGCCCGCCUCUCUCCACCUCCAGUGACAAGCCGGUGGACCCACUUGUCAACCUAGACAGUAGCUCCCCUGACUUUAAGGCUGGGGUGACUGCUCUCGCCAACAUCCUGAAGAUCCAGCGACACGACGACUACCUGGUCAUGCUCAAGGCCAUUAGAAUACUCAUUGAAGAGAGGUUGUCUCCGGAAGCAGUCGCCAAAUCCAGCCAAAAGAAAGAGGGACUCCCAGUGGCGUUGGACAAACACGUUCUGGGCUUCGAUACCGGAGAUGCCACCCUGAACGAGGCGGCGCUCAUCCUGCGCCUUCUGCACGUGGAGGAGCUCCGAGAGCUCCAGACCCGCAUCAACGAGGCGCUGGUGGCCGUCCAGGCCAUCAUCGCAGACCCCAAGACAGAUCACCGCCUGGGCAAGGUCGGGAGAUGAGGGCUAGGGAAGAAGGGAGGGGGUGACCCUAACCCAGGUAGAGGGCGAAGAAGUGGACGAUGUGGAGACUGCUUCGGAGAUCGACUUUCUCAGUUUUUUGUUUUUGAUUUUUUGCUUUUUCUCGCUCGGUUGGGUUCUGUGUUUUUUGGGGGGGGAAAUACGGCAAAAAACUAGCUUAGCGCUAGCAUUGUUUUAGUAGGGUUAACUCUUUAAAUCUAACCACAUUUUAAUUUCGAUUUGGACACACACACACACACACACACCCACAUAUACACUUACUUAUUGGACGGUCCAAGUUAAUUCAACAACUUUCGUCUUUUUUUCGUUUUUUUAUUGUGGGCUUGAACUCCACCUCUGAAGACUAUUUUCCGACCGGCCUGUGAACGUUGUUUCUCUAGAGACCUGAUAUUUUUUUUUUGGAUAGGGCUUUAAUAAAGUCAUGAUUUCAAGUGGAAAGCGAUGGUGAAAUGAAGUGAUUGAAAGCCUUGUGUGUUUCUUGAGUGGGAAAUGUGUGUUAGUUCAGUGUCGUGUGUAGCCAAUGUGUUCCUAUUGAGGUGAGCAUUGAAGCUAUGCUACCUCGCAUCAACCUUGUGUCAAACUUAACCUAGCAUUGAUGUUACCUAGGAUUGAAGCCAACCUAGCAUUGAUGCCAACCUAGCAUUGAUGCUACCUAGCGUCAACCCUACCAGGCUAACCUAGCACUGAAGCUGUGCUAGGCGUAGAGCUGCUUGCGUUCUCCUCUUGAAGAGCGACCAAUCAGAUGAAAGUUUAAAUUAAUUUCAUCAAAAUAAAAACGAUGCAAAUGAAAUUGACUACUUCACGAUUAACUCAAUGGGGCAAUUGCUCUGUCGUUAGUUUAGCCACUUUUUAGAGUUUAACACGGUUUUAAACUCAAGAAGUCAUGUGAUGUCUUAAGCUCCAUUGCUGUGUCAUAUGUACUUGUGGUUUAACCUGCAGCUGCGUUUUACCUUGAUCAUAAUUGCUGUGUCUUCAGAGAAAUUCACAUCAGACACUAGAGGCCGUAUUUUGUGCGUGUUUGUCUAAUCUCGAAACUGACGUGGUUUUAGAGGAGACUAAACCAGUUGGCAGGAUAAAACCAGGCUCCAUCAUAACCGACACACACACACAGAAUUAGUUUUAUGAAUUAUUGUUAAUAGGUAUGAUACAGUUACACUUAUUACACCAGAUAGGCCUUCAGUACUGAGUUGCUCAACUAAAACUCGACAAUGAACAGAUUAUUAGUAUGUAAAAAAAUAAAUGAACGCACAGAGGAUCGUACCAUUCAACGAAACAUAAAAAGGUCAAUGCUUAACUAAAAUGGUUAGCAAUGACAAGUAAUUGAUUGGCGGUGGUGAGGGCAGAUUCCAGACUCAGAUUUCCACAAAAAGUAGCGUAGACUUUUCAUAAUAUAUGUCAACAUUAUUAGCGUUUUUAUCUAUUAUAGUUUUAUUAUAUUAAAGUUCACUUUACAUCCCCAUUAAGUUUUUGUUGGUAAUUAUAGCACAAAAUGCAUCCACCAUUAAGUAAGACUGCAUCUGCUGGGGUAUACUAGAAAUCAGAGUACUUCCGGUUUCCAAGCAGUUUAAACCGAGUCAGCUAGGAAUCAGCUGAUCCUGUACGAGUCGUUACACAGCAAUCACGUUCAACCUCGUGCCAGCUGCGUGUUAAACUCCAAAACCUCAGUUUUAAGGAAUAUACGGUUUUAAAGCGCAGCAAUGCCAACUGACAGAGCAAUUGGCGCAACCAGCGAAGUGAUUUAAACCAACAUAAAUCACCCAAAUUAAAGCUCUUAAAGACCUAUUUAUAAUUUCAAAGAAGGUACGAUGAUAACAUGAAUCAGACACCGAAGUAAUUUAAAGCUUUAUUGCAUAAUGCUGUAAAACAAUUUCCUCUGGGAAUAAUAUGCAAGUAACAAAGGAUUCGAAAGAGAAGAUCAUUAUAAAAAAAAUUGGGGUCUUACAAUUCUAGGUUAAAUCGUAACUUUACUUGCUCCCGGUGAACAUUGCGUUGUAAGAACGUUCAAUCCCGAAUAGUUGAUGCGAUGUUACACUAUCUCACUGUACUGCCACAAUAACAUUUCAAGAUUUAAACUUGCAUUGAGAAAGAGCUCAAAGUCAAACUAGAGACCCAAUCAGAGUCGAUAAUGUGACCCAAGGACCCACCCCCUGAUUGGUCUGGUUGAAGGAUCAAGCUUAGGACGAGUCAAGAGCUUCCGCCUUGUCGCCGUGGGUUACCGGAAUGCUGCGCUCACGGUUGCGGCAUGGUUCGCCGUCGCGGCCUAGCUUGUGGGCGUGGAGGGUGAGCAGCCCGUCACCCGACAGCGUGCAGGUGAUAGUGGGCGGGGCCACGUCGGAGGGGAGGCGGUACCGACGCUGGAACUCCCGGGAGACGUAGCCGUGGUCGUCCUGGCAACGGGUGAGAGGAACGACUUUUUAGGACACUUCAGAAAUUUGCUUUUCAAUUUAAAAAAUAUAAAUUGUUUCUGUGCAGUAUAGUUCGGGUACAGGGUGCCUGUGGCAAUGCCCAGGGAUAAUUAUUCAACCAAUAAUUUACACUUAGGGCAUUUAGCAGACGCUUUAAAGCAGGGGUCUCAAACUCGCGGCCCGAGGGCCAAUUGCGGCCUGCCGGACGAUAUUUUGUGGCCCCGUACUUGACAUCAAAGUUUAGUCUUUUUUUUUUUUGCGCUUGCCCGGGGGCCUCAUUUAUAAAGCUUGCUGUGCACAAAAACCUUGCAUAAGACGGAGGUGAAAUGUACGUAGGCUAAGGGUAUGGCUUCUCCCAAGUGUGUGUGCGCUGGAGAUCCGCCCUUCUCUCCUGUGUGACUCCUCUGAUGUAUUUCGAGCUUACUGAAGCAUCUGAAACUAACCGCUUGGCAACCGAGUUCCUCAAGUUGUGGAGCUUGAUAUCCCUGAGCAUGAAAUGUGCAUCAGUUUUCUUACUGCAAACGUUGGUAGGCUAUUUAUAGAAAAUGUCUAUGUUUUGACAUGUUUGAUUGCAUUUUAUAACUGCAUGGGCCUGGAUACGUCGGUAGGUGUGUGUCUGUGUGUCCAGUGGGAGAGGAAAUAUCAACGGUGUGAAAGAGUGUUUUGUAUCAAGUUGAGGCCGACACAUAUUAAUUGAAAUUUAUAUAUCAUGAGAUAAAAUCAUGCAAUACAUUUAGGAAAUUAUUGUAUGCGACAAAAUAAAAUAUUGCGAUAAA